GUGGUUCCUGGGCCUCCUUUCUGCCAGCUCCUCCAUUUACCUGAAAAUUGGAAGUGCUGAAGUAGUUAGGUUGAUGGCUGAAUUGCUGUUUCAUAAUGACUAUGCCUGUACUUGAUGGCAGUGAAAAUCAUGAUGGUAUUGUCCUGUCAAUUUAUCAUAGGGCCACUUUAGUUGCAAUGAUUGGUGGCUGAGUUUUCCCCCCCAUUAACAUUCUCAUUUGCCAGGUAGAAAAAAAAUAAGCACAAAUUGCUGUCCCUGCUGGUGGUGGGAUGGAGUUCUGCCAGAAGCAAUUUUAGGCAUAUUGACAGGUCUGUGCCACUUUGUUCUCUCCCUUGCUCCUGUCCACUGCAUGGAUCACCUGCAAUGCUUUAACCAUGGAACAGAGUGAGCUCAACCCAUUCACGUGGAUCUGUGGCUUACAGAUGGGCCAUGGGGUUGGUAUGGGCUGCCAAGCAGGGCAUGCUCUAUGUAUUUGGAACUGGUGAAGACCAAACUCUCCCAGAGGUUCUUUUAGAAUGGUAGUUCACCAUUGGUAUAUUCACUUGUGUUCUGUAUUAAUGUCAUUUAUUGGUUUUGAUAUGUUACAAAUGUUGUGGUGUCUAUUUUGGCUAAGGCUAUUCUUACCAAGGACGUUUUCUGAUAUAUGGUAUUGUUGCAAGCUAGCUUUAAUGUGAAAGAAUAUAGUGGCAUACAAAUUUAUCUAACAAAGUUAUAGUCACCGCCUCCCAAUGGUGGGAUUCAGCCAGUUCGCACCACUUCGGGAGAAAUGGUUGUUAACUUUCUUUUUUUAUUAAAGUUUUUUUAUUUUAAACACAUUAAAAUGAAAGACAAAACAUACAACAUUUAUAUACAUAUCACUGUUUAUCAGCUAUUCAAGGCAGUCCUUUCCUAUUAUUUAUACAUGUUUUUAGUUCUAUCUUAUUCUACUUUUAUUUUAACAAUUUUAAGAGUUGUUAACUUUCUGAGCAGUUUGGCAAACUGGUUGUUGGAAGAAAUCAUUAGGGCAGGGAACCGGUUGUUAAAUUACUUGAAUCCCACCACUGCUGCCUCCCUAAUCUUGUGGGGUGGGCUGGGGAAGGAGCACAGACUGUAGUAAGGGAGAUAUUCCAGGUUAUGCCACAGGUUAACAGAGAAAGUCUCCCUCUUUAGCCACAGUGGGCCAUGGUGAGACACGGUGGCGCAGUGGUUAGAGUGCAGUACUGCAGGCUACUUCUGCUGACUGCUGGCUGCCUGCAAUUUGGCAGUUCAAAUCUCACAAGGUUGACUCAGCCUUCCAUCCUUCUGAGGUGGGUAAAAUGAGGACCCAGAUUGCUGGGAGAAACAUGCUGAUUCUGUAAAGCGCUUAGAGGGGGCUGUAAAGCACUGUAAAGUCAUAUAUAAGUCUAAGUACUAUUUCUAUUUAGCCAGCUUCAACUCCUGUGCAACUUGCAGGGAGGCUGGGCAAGGAUCUGGGAAGGGAAAGUAAAGAUGACUUCAUAAAGAUGACUUUCUCUUCCUGUCACAUGAUCGGCUUGUCAGUUCCUAUUUGCCCAAUAUGACUGAUAGGUUACCAGGCAUACUGGUCUCCAGCUUAUUCAACAGGAAAUGAGCAGAAGGCAGCCCUUUUUACAUAAUCAUCUCCAUCAUCACUAAAGUGCCACAAUCAGUAGUAAAGUUUGUGUUGAGGCAAGAUGAAAGAUACUCAUUCCACAAUGGGUCAGACAAUUACUAGGACUUGACUAAGCUUCGGGAUAUGAAGAAGACAUUGUCAUGAACAUCGUGUUCUUUAAGAGUGGUUGCAAUCCUUGAAGGCUUGGUGUGGUGUGGAAUAAAAUUAUUUAUAGCUGUUCUGACCUAGAGAGUAUCACUAAUAAAGUUCCAGGGAAAAUGUUUAGAAAAAAAAAAUCAAACCACUUCAAUUUUCUGAAUCUGUUUAGGAAAUUUGCAAAUGUGGCAAAUGCUUCCAGGGUACUGAAAUAACUUCAUUGCAUUUAAUUCAAUUUAAUAAUUUGCUUUGUCUUCAAAUUCACUGGGGAGGAUUGUUUUGAUUCAGAGAUUUGAUUGAAUCAAUUUCAAGUGUAAUUUCUAAAUUUAAGCUUCACACAGAACCCUAAUCCAGAACAUCAUAUUUUCUGCAAGACUGACUUCAAUUGGCGUGGCUAAGGAUGGAGACAAAGAUUCAGCUAAACCACUGCAUUUUCACUCUUUAUUUAUACAAAACUGAAAUAUGUUGAUUGGGAAAUACAGGAACAGAUGCUUUGGAUUAAGAUGUCCUCUUGACACUUGUAAUAAUAUAAUCCCUUUGCGUCAGAAGGCGAGGAAGAAAAAUCAAGGUUUUUACAGCAUGAGUCGCCGAAGGAUUUCAUGUAAGGAUCUCGGACUGGCUGAUUGUCAGGGCUGGCUGUAUAAAAAAAAGGAAAAAGGAGGCUUUAUUGGCAACAAAUGGAAAAAGUUUUGGUGUGUCCUGAAGGCUUCGUCUUUAUAUUGGUACAGCUAUCAACUGGCAGAGAAAGCAGAAGGCUUCCUCAAUCUUCCCAACUUCACAGUGGAUCAAGCAACAGAAUGCAAGAAAAAACAAAGCGCGAUGAAGAUCACUCAUCCACAAAUCAAGACAUUCUAUUUUGCGGCAGAAAAUGCUCAGGAAAUGAAUAUAUGGCUAAAUAAAUUAGGCGUGGCAGUCCUAGACCAACAGGCUAAUAAAAAGAAUGAAGAAGAAUGCUAUAGUGAAAGUGAGCAUGAAGAUCCAGAAAUAAAUGCAGAGACACCACCCCCUCCAUAUUCAGAUCAGUUGCUGCUGUCUGAUUUGGCCCAACAAGAGCUUUCCUCAGCGUCACAUCCUUUAAAUGAACUACCGCAGUCCUUAUCUUCCCCAGAAAGUAGUACAAUGAAAUCCCCAGGCUCCUCUUCUUCCUCAUUGUGCAACCUAUUGCAUUCAGAGAGACAGUCAUGGUUGGACUUAAUUAACAGCUCUUCCGGUCAAGAAGAAGUGGACAAUCAACCUCCAGCUGCCUCUGGUGACUCUGCAGACACUGAUUGCCGGUUGACAGACUGUAAUGAAAGAGUGGAGAGCGGUACCAGCAGAUCCAAGGAAAACAGUCCAAUUACAGUGAAUGAAGACAAAUCUUCGUUAGGCAAGGCCAACGAUAACUUAGCUGUACCUGGAAAAAUAGCAUCAGCAACUCUAAGUAAAGAUCGUACCAAAUGUUCUGUGGAUGAAAUGGAGAAACUGUACAAGUCUUUAGAGCAAGCAAGUUUAUCUCCCAUUGGGGAUCGGCGACCUUCUACUAAGAAAGAGUUGAGAAAGUCCUUUAUCAAAAGGAGCAAGAACCCUUCUGUAAAUGAGAAACUUCAUAAAAUCCGAGCUCUGAAUAGUACCUUAAAGUGCAAAGAACAUGACUUGGCCAUGAUAAACCAGCUGCUGGAGGAUCAUAAGCUAACAGCAACAAAGUAUAGAGAGUGGAAGAAUACAAACUCAAUUUUGAUUCAAGAUAUCUAUCAGCCACCAGACACUAUGUCUACAACUGAAGGAGACAACACGGAAUCAGAAAUGACCCCACAGUCAUCUUUUGUUGGAUGAAUAGUAUUCACUGGAAAUACUAUCUGAGGACAGUUAACUUUCCAUCACUGAUCUCUUCAGUCAUUCAGUUUGAACUGCCAUAUCUUCAGGUUUUGCUUCCAUAGGUACUGGUACUUUCUGCACUGGAACAGAGCAGCCCUCUGUUGCUUGUUAACCAACAAGCAAAAUAAGCACAUGCUUAGGGUACCAAGGAAGGGGGGCACCAUAGAGGUUUUCCCCCUAGCGAUCGUGUCUUUAAUUCUUUCACUCAGCUUAGAGUUUUCAGCACUUACUAAAUCUUAAUGUCUUGCCAGUUAAGCAAUGGAAAAGUUGAAGACAGUAUUAUUAGAGUAUUGUUAUUUUUGGGUUUAGAGCAUCAAUUGACCUUAAUCUGGCCCUGGAACACAGAGACCACUGUCUGGAACAUGACUUCCCCUUUCCAUAGUCAACAAAGAUAGGAAAAAUCUCCUCUAAUGAUCACAUUAUGAUACAACUCUUGUUACAGUUCUAAGUUUUAUCUGGUGGAUGAGAAUUGGGAUUAUCUUUUGUAAAAUAGCCAACUUUACAAUAAGAAUAAUAUUUUAGGAAACAUGUUUCUCAGUUUUCUGAAUGUAGGGUACAUACACAAGACGACUUGGGCCAUUUUAAAUUUGGUUGAGAGAGAAGCAGAACACUUCACUUUGGGGAAAAAACUACCAGGGUAAGAAUUAUACAAACUGCAUUAUUUUGCCACAGCUUGUCAAUGUUUUAAUUGUUUCUGCUGAUGGACGUUUUUUAGUCACAAAAGAAAUAAAUAAAAGAAGGUUGGUGUUUGUAUUCUAUAUAGCCUUCUCAUGAUCUAUUCAAAGGACACAGUUGCAGCCAUAAUAGCUUCAAGUUUAUGAAGAAAAAAUACAUUUAUCAUGUCUGCGAAGUUGUAUUUGAACUGGUUUUUAUGAGCAAAUAAAUUCAUUG